UUGCGACAUUCCUGCGGGCGGGACGGAGUGCAACUGCUUCUUAUAGACCGCCACUACCUCUUCUUCUUUCGUGAUAGCAUUCAUGCAACAGCGGAAUAGCUGCUAGCACGAUCACUCUAGUUGUGAUCUGCACUGAUGGACCAAGACGUGUUUAGAACUUGUUGUUUGCUUCGGUUUUCUGUGUUCUUGUCAAGUUCUCUCGUCGCCGAAGAGAGACCCAAGUGGUUUUCGAACGAGUGAUUAUUACGAUGUGACGAGAUUGACAAUCUGCAAUACUCAUUGAUAAGCGACGAUCUGCAUUGAGACGUUUGAGAACUUUAAUGAAAUAACACAAGAACUGUCAGAUUUCAGUGCCAUCCGUUUCGAAUAAAGACCAUUUCAAGACCGACAACAAGUGGGACUCGAGUCAGUGAACUCUCACUGAACAUUUUCAAAAAAAUCUUUGUAAUUUUAAGGCACUUUUUUGGAACUUUUGAUAACUUUUCGUGGAAACCCCAGCAUUUUGGAGACUGGUAACCACACCUUUUAUUAGUAACUGUGAAUAAGAUUUAUUAGUAGAUGAUAAAUAUGUAAUAUUAGUGCUUCGCUACGUACAUACGAUCCCGCAUCAUUAGGAUUGCAAUUAUCAGUUACAUAGUGAUAUAAUAAACUUAAUCAUCUGACCAAAUGAAAAUCAUGACUCGUCCAGAAACAAGAAAAUAGAAAUAGACUUCAGACUUCACCAUUCCUUCCUGAAGCUGUGAGUGAAUAGGUCGUGAGGGAAACGCUCGAGGCGACUAGCCAGGCUCUGGUGUCAUGAAUAGCCAAUCUUGCAGAAGGCGAAGACGGAAGAACUCGUGACGUCACCGCCUUAUCCUGCAACGCCGUAGGUGAUGCAACACCAGAUCGUCUCCGUCAUCGACCUCAAUUCUCUCCUUAUCUCUCCGUCCUUCUCACCUUCUUUCGCCCGUCAUUUCCCUCCCACGCAUCACGCGCUAUCACCCGCCGUCGCUAUCCGCCUCCUGCACCUCAACUGACCUCCACCUCGUCGAUUGACCUGCAACAUUUGCAACAAUGGCUGCUCAUCAACUGGUCGCUACCUUGAUCUUCCGUCUGCUGCUGCCUCUCGUCCUGGGAAUAUGUGCUGCCCUGCGCUUCAGCCUAAUGUCCCUGACCUACCUGCUGCUGGUGCUGGCCGUUCCCCUCCUCCCCGCGCCCACCAUUCACACGAUGAGAGGUCACACGGGCCGGUACCUCAAGGCAGUGGCAGGUUUAAGCGUCGUCAACUUUCUCCUGCAGUUUACCUUUCAGAUCGUGUUGCUGAGUCUCCCUCCCUACGCCUACUUCCUGGAGGAAUAUUCUACCACAAAAGAACUUCAUAUCAAAUGUCCUUUAAGGUACGUGUGUCGAGGUGUAAUGGUGUAUUCCGGGAUCCACGUGGUGUUCCUGUACAUCUAUCAAGCCCAGUGGAUACAAGAGCACAUACCACCGGAUUCCCUCGGUGCCAGGGUCACGGGCCUCACGGCGGUCGUGGAGACGAACUGCACUGACCCCCGCUCGGCCCAGGUCACGACGGACGAGUGGUCAAAGUUCGUGAACCCGAUCCUGCUUCUGCUCAUGUACUUUGUGCUCGCGUUCGAGUCCCAGUUCCUGCUGUCGAAUAAGGCGGCCCUGUUAUCGCCGAUGGGCUCGAGCGUCCGCUACCUGAUCCGCCGCAGCACCGUCAGGAGCCGCUCCAUGAAGUCGGGUCGCUCGUCGGUGUCCGAAAUCCGCUCCCGACGGACGUCCCUGAGCCGCUCCCGACGGCGUGGCGGCAGCGGCGUCGGCGUCGGCGAGGGUGUCGUGGGUGUCGUGGGCGUGAGUGCCAGCAAGGAGUCCGACCCGGGCUGGGACACUUCCCUGACCUCCGCCCGGAGUCGUAACGCCUCCAUCCGCGAAUCGGUGCGCAGUAACAACAACUCGCUCAGGAGUAACAACACUUCAGGAGGUCCCAAUGGCUCACUGCCCUCCAAACUCUGCCCACGCCCCUCCCAGGAGAAGACAGAUAAAGUGGACUACCUCGUCCCUUACACUCCACACCACGACGGAGGCGCUGUAGGUGGAGUUACAGACGACCUUGGUAGUGGAGGAGGUGGAGGAGGAGGAGAUGGAAGAGACAGAGAAGGAGGAGGAGGAGGAGGACCAGGAGGAGGAGGAGGAGGAGGGGAAGGAGGAGGAGGCGAGGAAGAAAACUCCCUUCAGAGGCUGAUUGCUCCCCUCGUCAGCGUGUUCCAGCUGGUGAUUAGGUCCUCGUACAUCGCCACGAAUAUUGUCAUGAUGGCGUGGAGCAUCACGUACCACAGCUGGCUAACCUUCGUGCUGCUGCUGUGGGCGUGUGUGCUGUGGAUGAUUCCCAACCAACGAGCUGCUAUGCUGAGGUGCUCGCCCUUCCUCGUCGUGUAUGCUGAGCUGCUGUUGCUCCUGCAAUACAUCUACUGCAUGGACCUCACUGACUCUGAGCUUCCGAGCGAGAUGGAGACCGUGAACCUCAGCCAGAUUGGACUCGUCAAGGUUCCGUACCUGGCUUGCAAACCUCUCCUGGUCAAGGUCCUGUACACUUGCAUGUUCUGGAUCACGCUCCGCCAAUACGUCCAGGAAGUGAUCGAGUCCACGAAGCGGGAGAUGUCGACGGCCGCGGCGCUGCAGCCCUUCACCGUGGCUGUGAGCACGACCAACACCGGGCAGCCGGUCACGACGCUCAUUACCUCGUCACAGGACGAGCCGACGGCCUCCCCCGUGAUGGAGCGCCUCGGCCAGUGGCUCCGGGGUCUCCUGGUCAAGUUCUGGAUCUGGGUGGUGGCCAUCAUGCUCUUCGUGUUCGGCAUCCAGGGCUCGCAGGUCGUCAUCUUCAGGAUCAUGUAUAUGGUGCUGUUCCUCAUUUUCACCAUCACUUUCCAGCUCUCGUAUUCAGCCUGGCGAAAUUUCCUCUACGGUUUUUGGCUGACGGUGAUCAUAUACCAGAUGUUCGUACUGGUGCUCACCUACACCUACCAGUUCGACAACUUCCCGACGUACUGGGAGAACUAUACCGGUAUUCCGAAGCAGUUACAGAAUGAUAUGGGCUUGGAGGUCUACGACACAGGCCGGCUGUUCAUCAAACUCAUGACUCCCACCUUCUUCGUCAUCGUCACCAUCAUCCAAGUGCAUUAUUUCCACAAGGAUUUCCUCGCCCUCUCGGACAUUGAAAAGAUCCCGGACCACCCGGCGCCGAAGGACACGAGGAAGACGGACACCAAAGUCCCAAUGCCCAGUCGACCUGACCUCCUGGAGUCAUGCACGCUGGAGGACGUUAAAGCUCUGGUCGAAUACUAUGGCCAAAAAGUGCUCGCUCGCAUCCAGACAACCUUGGCAGACGCAAUGGAACUUGGCUGGCGAUUCCUGGAGCUUCACAUUAUGAAGAUUGUGCUUGGCUCCGUCAUGAUGCUGGCCUGCUAUGAUGUAUGCGCGCUCCACUGGGCCUUCGCGGUGCUGGCAACAGUGGCCGUGCCUUGUCCGGAGCGAAUCCAGACGUACAUCUGCCGCACGUGCGUCGCUCUCUCCUCCCUCCUCCUGAUUGUCAGGAUGAUCUAUCAGAUUAAUUACAUCGACCCUGAGGGAUGGGCGGCGAACUGCACGGACUACGAGAACUCCACGUGGCCGAAGAUGAACGAGACCGCUAACAACGCGGUCUGGCUCGGUCUCUCCAAGGUGCCCAGCUUGCCCAAGUAUCUCAAGGGAUAUAUAGGUAUCAUCGUCGUGAUCACAGUCCAGGCAGUGGUACGCAUCAGGCAGCAGUACCAACGACAGCUCACAGGGUUGCCACCUCCCCCCCCUGGCGUCCUGUUCCCCAACGUCACGCGAGCGGUGGCUGACGAUGGCAUCCCCGAGUGCGCUAAGUUUCUGCUUAAUUAUGGGUUUUACAAGUUCGGGGUUGAGAUAUGCCUCAUGAGCCUCGUCGGGGUCAUCGGCACUCGCCUGGACGUCUACUCCCUCUUCUACGCCGGCUGGCUCUGCUACUUCUUCAACAGGCAGAGGAAAGACAUCGCUAGAGUGUGGAAGGCCUUUGUCAUUUCCAUCACCGUGCUGAUUCCGUUGCAGUAUCUGAUGUGUGUGGGCAUCCCUCCUGCGCUGUGCAUUGACUACCCUUGGCACGAAGUCAUGGACCCCGAGCUGAGGGAGUGGCUGUUCUUCCCUGAUUUCGUGAAGCCUCCGGAGUCGUACAAGAUUGUCACUGACUUCUGCCUGCUGGUGUUCGCCGUGUGUCAGCAGCGCGUCUUUGAGAUCGAGUUCGGACCCGGCGCCGAGGAGUACGAGGGAGGAAGCAACAAAGAAAUUGUACAUGAAGAUCCCGCCACGCUCGUUAACCCUAUACCUGACUUCGUUACGUAUACAAGGAACUACCUCGACAUGGUGAAGGUGGUCGUGUUCUUCACCUCGUACUGGAUCACCCUGGCUGUGAUGUUCCUCGGGGGGACGAAUCGCGUAACCCUCGUGGCCUUGGGUUACGUGCUCGGGGCCUUUGUUUUCCUCUGGCUCGGCAAUGAAUUUUACCUCAGACCGCUUUCCACGAUUCUUAGGCUAUGGAACUACCUCCUCGGCUACAACGUGAGUGUGAUCGUUGUCAAGACUUUUCUUCAACUCCUUGGCUGCGUCUUCUUGUCUCCGCUGGCCAUAAACGCGUGCUGGUUUGUGCAGCUCCUUGGAAUCGCUUGCGUGAAGAAAUUCGGUGACAACUCCGACGACAGAAUUGUGGAAGACCUGAAGAAAUUCUGCGCUGUGCCCAAGUCCGAGGCUGGUCUCAUGUGGGACGGCAUCUGCUUCGGCUUUCUCCUUAUGCAGCGGCGCCUUUUCUCCUCCUUCUAUUUUCAGCAUCUUGUUACGGAGAUGAAGGCGCAGACUAAGCUGGCUUCCAGAGGAGCUGAGCUAAUCGCUGAGCUCAUGCAGAAGGAGAUUGCUGAGCGUCAGGCGGCGGAAGCGGAAGUGCUGAACAAAAUCAAGGAGAAGAUGGACCGGAUCAAAGCGACGCAACAGCUGGUGCAAGCGAAUCAGACCCGAGAACCCAACAGUCACUACGAAGCCAACACCUCGGAACAGUUUUCCAAUGUCAGUAGUCCCCUUCCCUUGGAGAUGACCUCGCCCCCUCCCCUGCCCCCCUCCGCAGGUGUGGACGGUGCCCAGGACUCCUCGGCGUCCCCCCGCCCCCUCGCCCUCAGCGCCACCCCCGGCGCCCCCACCCCGUCCUCCGCCAACAUGACCCUCUCCCUCGACGGCUACCUCGAGCCGGCUCGCCUCUCCCUCACCACGCCCCACUUCUCGCACCAGCCCAUCACCUCCCCCUCCGAGGACUCCUUCCCCUACUUCUCCCCCCCGCCUUACCCCGCCCUCCGGGACCGCCACGCCCCCAUGCGAGCCUCCGCCCCCGCCGCCCACGACAUCGGGCCCCCGUGGCUGCGCGACCACCUGGCCUACCACCGCCCUUCGGUCUCCACCACGUCGCCGGCGAUGUCCCACCACACCUGUAAUGCCCCGCGCUGCCACCUCGCUUCAGGAGGCGCCGACCGGGAGCCGCCUAUCGAGGAGGAGUCCCCCGCUGGCUCCGUCCCGGCGGCCGAGGACCCCCCGCCACAGCCCGUGCACCGGAAGCUAGGCCAUACCAGGAGCUGCCCCUUGUUAGAUGGGGGCCAGCUUAGGGCACCUGACCCACGGGGUACUGGCCGUCGCGUGCAUGCCAUUCGCUCUGGGGAUUACUACAUGUUUGAAGACUACGGAGACUAUGCAGGACUCGCUCCCCUGGAGAUCCCUGAGGAACCCCCCCAGGGAGACACCAUCCAGGGCAUGACAGUAUCUGAACUGUUGAGUUCGGCUUUGAAGACUGACAUCGUCGAGGCGGCCGAGGAAGCCCGAGCUGCUCGCUUGUCCGAAUCCGAUGCCGCCUCUCGCCGUUCCUCGUUCAUCCGGAGACCGGUUCACAGAACGCUCUCUGGUCGGUCGCAGGUUUCUAUGGCCUCCCGGACCUCUCGAACCUCGCGCACGACCUCCAGGAGUGUGAGGAUCCACCCACGACCUCGCUCCCCCCCGGCCGUCCCCCACUCCCCCCCACCCCUGCCUCGCUCUCCCCCUCCGCAAAGGUCCCCACUGGCCUCCCGCCCCCGCCCCCCCUCCACGCUGCCCCCCCUCCCCCCCCUGCCCCAGCUGGACGGGGGGUACCUCGCCGACGACUCCACGGCGCACGACUACUCGGAGAUCGAACCCGCGGAGCCCCAAGGGCUGGCCCCGAUGCUGAGGAAGAUCGUGCACUGGGCUAAGUUUGCGUGGGAGUUUCUCGAAAGUCUGAUGAUCUCGGCGACACAGCAGCUGAACCGUCUCUCCAAGGACUACCGUUACGUCGCGAGCUGCCUGUCGGAGGAGAAGAAGAGGCUGAAGGCCAUGGGCGUGCUAAUGAUGGAGACGGAGGGCUUCUGCGUGAUGCCCGGCAGCCAACCACUCAGCCUCACCACCACCCAGGAGUGGACCGAGGUUCCUCUCAACCAGCACAGGUACGGCGGGCAGGAACCUCUGGAAAUCCGAGUGGAAAAGGCAAGCGAGGACAAAACAGAUGACAGUGUGGACUUCGUAGACUUGCCCGAAGGAGCCGAGAAAGAGUUCAAGAAGGAACAGCCGCCCAUUGUCAAGCUUAUGGUCGCCUGCUGGUACGCCAUGCUCUCCCGCUCUGAACUCGUCUCGUACAUCAUGAUCUUCGUCAACCAAAUCAAGUCCGCCAGCCUCCUCUCUCUUCCUCUGCCGUUCAUGGUCUUCCUCUGGGGGUCCCUCAGCGUCCCACGGCCUUCCAAGACUUUCUGGAUCACCGUCAUCGCCUACACGGAGGUAAUUGUGGUCGUGAAGUACCUGUUCCAGUUCGACUUCUUCCCGUGGAACCAGGUGGCGCGCCUCAAGGCCCCCUUCUGGCCUCCGAGAAUCAUCGGCGUCGAGAAGAAGGACCGCUACGCCGUGUACGACCUGGCGCUGCUCCUGGUCGUCUUCUUCCACAGGUUCAUGCUGAAGAGCCUGGGCCUGUGGAAGGAGUCCUCGGACACGACGCCCACCGCCAGCGUGCACUCGUCGCCGUCGCGCAGCUCCUCGCAGUCCUCCUUCACGCAGUCCCGCACGUCCUCGUCCGUGCAGCCCAUCCCGUGCAGGAAGCCCACGGAGUCGUCGACCUCUUGGACCACGUGCAAGGAGGACAGCUCCAACUCGCAGUCCCACUCCGGCGACGGCUCCACGCUCUCCUACACCAAGGACACGUCGCUGCUCUCCAAGGACACGAGGGAGAGUUCCCUGACGUCCAAGGACACGAAGGACAGCUCGCUGAACCUGAAGGAGCUCAAGGACGGCUCCCUGUCGUCCAACGUGAAGGACAGCUCCCUGCAGUCGAGCACGAGGGACACGUCGCUGCCGUCGCACACCCGGGAGAGCUCGCUGCCGACCACCACCAAGGAGAGCUCCCUCACCCUGAUGGAGCACGACGAGGAGGAGGAGAACUCGCUCCUGCUCAACGUCAACGACGACUCGCUCCUGUCCCGCGCCUCGGAGCCCCUGCCGGCGUCGUCGCCCCCCAGGCACUACCGCCAGCUGUCGGAGGACGGGCGCGCCGUGCAGACGCGCUUCGACCUGGACAUGCCCCGGGCCGGCGCGCGCCACCGCUCCGGCAGCGAGGUCGUGGCCUACCGCCGGACGUGGUCGCCCUGCCAGUCGUACGUGCGGCACCCCUCCGUGUGCUCGCAGCCGCCCGGGAGCCUCAACCUGAGGGCUUCAUCGCUGGCGACGAGGAGAGCGCACCGAAGGCACCUCUCGGAGGGCUCUCGCGUGUCCUUCAACGAGCGGCCGCUCUCCACGACGUCGCACUGCACGCACCUCUCGCAGUCCCAGGCCUCGGAGUCCGUCCACGUGACCUGCGCGGCGUGCAACCUGCAGGCGCUCAGGGACUUCCAGAAGCCGGAUUUCGAGGAGGUCAGGGAGAACAUUCAGCAGCUCCCCAAGUUGGCCAAAGGAGGGGCGGACCACGUCGUUGGGAAAGUCCGCGGCUUCAUCACGGCCCUCCUGCACCCCGAGUACCAGGUCUCCGUCGACGUCUACGCUUACAUGUUCUUCUGUGACUUCUUCAACUUCUUCGUUCUUAUCUUCGGCUUUUCGGCCUUUGGUACCCAGCAAGGCGACGGGGGCGUGAGUGCCUACCUCGAGGACAACCGCGUGCCAGUGCCAUUCCUCGUGAUGCUCAUCCUCCAGUUCGGCCUCAUCAUCGUCGACAGGGCGCUGUUUCUCAGGAAGUUCAUCCUUGGCAAGCUGAUCUUCCAGGUCGCCCUCACCUUCGGCAUCCAUAUCUGGAUGUUCUUCAUCUUACCGGCCGUCACGGAGAGGGAGUUCAACGACAAGCACCCCCCGCAGAUCUGGUACAUGGUAAAGUGCCUGAACCUGCUGCUGUCCGCUUACCAGAUCCGCUGCGGGUACCCGACCAGGAUCCUCGGUAACUUCCUCUGCAAACAGUACAAUUACGUCAACCUCUUCGCCUUUCGCGGGUUUUAUGAAGUCCCUUUCCUCUUUGAACUGGGCGUUAGGGGAUUGGUUUGGACGGACACGAGCAUGAACCUCAGCGACUGGGUCAAGAUGGAGGAUAUCUUCUCGCACAUCUUCCAGAUCAAGUGCGAGCGUCGAGCGGAGAGGAGGACGAGGAUAGAUCCUAACCACAAGGCCGCCGGCGGAAAAGGCAUGCGCAAGAUCAUCAAGUACGGGAUGGGCGGCUGUGCCUUGCUGGGCGUGAUCGCUCUCAUCUGGUUCCCUCUGGUGCUGUUCGCCCUCAGCAACACCGUCGGCCAGCCCAACCCGCCCUAUGACGUCACGGUCGAGGAGGAGAUCACAGCAUCGGCGCCUUCCAAAUCCAUCUUCAGCAUGACGGGGGACCCCCGCAUCAGAGUUCUUCGCAUCGUCACGGUCGGAGCACAACCACAGCCGGCCCCCCGGGGGGGGAUGUCGUAUACUGGGGGGGGAGGCCGAAGUAACGAUGCUGGGGGGGAAAACCGAAAGCACACAAAGUACAGCUCGGCCCGGAGGACUCACCCGGCAAAAGGCAUAUCGGAACUGGGCAAGGAGCCUAAAACGGUCCAACACGCGGCCCAGCCCAGACCAGGCCGUCUUUCAUGUGAUCCUCUAUUCACCAUGAAGGACUGGGACUCCUUCAACUACCACUACCGCGCCGACCGCCAGGCGCAGACGUUCCUCAGUAACUACGACUUCGGCGACGUGGUCGUGGCGGAACUCAGCGGGAAUUCGACGGCCAUCUGGGGCAUCUCGCCGCCCGCGCAGCGGCGUCUGAUCAGCGACCUGCAGAGCCACCACCCGAUCCGACUGAAGAUGCGCUGGAGCGUCAAGCGGCCGUCCAAGUCCCCGGAUGUGGCGUCCGAAUGCAAGGACGAGACGGAGAUUCAGCUCAAGGCGUUCGAAGGGAGCGAGCGAAACCCCGUCCGAGACAAACUGGUUCGAAUCCUGGAGGGCGAACUCGACUCGAACCCCGUGCUGAUCGAGAACCUCCUCCCGAAGUUCCUGAAGGUGACCAACAAGGGGCAGGCUCUCUACGUGCCGCAGCUGGAAGACAAGAAAAAGGGUUUCGUCGACCUGCGCCUCACCCUCCAGUCCGACGGCUUUGGGAACCUCUCCUCGACCCAAGAAUGGUGGGAAGUGGAGGAGGAGUGCAAACACUUCACCUGGCUGCCGAGGGGGAGUGAAUGCCGCUUCCUCACCAUCUACACGUUCAAUGACAAAGCUUUUCCGGAAGGGCUGAGCUUCAUCUCCGGAGGCGGAAUCGUGGGCAUGUACACCACCCUCGUGCUGGUAGCGGGCAAGAUGCUCCGUGGAUAUUUCGCUGGUUCUGCACUCAAGAUAAUGUUCGACGAUAUGCCCAACGUCGAUAGGAUCAUGCAGCUGUGCCUCGACAUCUACCUCGUGCGUGAGAGCCGAGAGCUGGAGUUGGAGGAGGACCUGUUUGCCAAGCUCGUGUUCCUCUUCCGCUCCCCCGAGACGCUGAUAAAGUGGACGAGGCCGGAGGAGGAGGAGACACCGGAGGGCGAGGAGGGGGAUCCACAGCUGGAGUGAAGGGAGUGAAUGUGGAGUAAAGUAGGAGGAAGAGGAUCCACAGCUGGAGUGAAGGAUGAAGUGAAUGUGGAAUGAAGGAAGGAGUGGUGGAGGUGGAAUAAAGGGUGAGGAAGAGACUCCGGAGGACGAGGAAGAGGGCCCGCAGCUGGCGUGAAGAAGGAAGAAGUGAAUGUGGAGUAAAGGAGGAAGAGAGAGGAAGGGAAUCCACAGGAGACGGAACAGGUGGAUGUGGAAGAAGAAAUAGAGGAGGAACAAAGGGAUAAUAUUGGUGAUGGAGGUGGAUGAAAGUAAAGAUGGUGAUAGAGAGAAAAGAAAAGAAAUAAAAAGAGAAAUGUAGGAGCAUACUUACCUAACUACCGACACACAUACAGACAAGCACAUGCAUUUCUUCGGUGGGAGUUAAUUAUUAAUGAUCUUUUGAAGGCGAUCAUGCUUACCUGUCUCAGAGAGCUUUGAAUUUGGGAUUAGACAAGCUUACCUACGAGAGAGAGAGGGGGAGAGAAAUAUAGAGAUAGAUAGAUAGAUAGAGAGAGAGAGAGAGAGAGAGAGAGAGAGAGAGAGAGAGAGAGAGAGAGAGAG